ACGCAUGGGAUUCCUGUGGUGCGCUUUAUCAGCAAGAUGGCGGACGAAGGUAGCGGAUUUAGUGAUUGUAGUUCUCGUCAAUAUUUAAAUCCAUUACAACUUUUUGAAGAAAAGGAAAUAGUGCGGAUGUGUGCGCCAAUGGUCAGAUAUUCAAAGCUUUCAUUCAGAGAACUUGUUAGAAGAUAUGACUGUGAUCUUUGUUUCACACCAAUGAUUAUAUCGGAGUCAUUUGUCAAAUCUCAAAAAGCCAGAGAUAGUGAAUUUACUACAAACUCAGGUGACAGGCCUAUUGUUGUUCAAUUUGCUGCUAACUGUGCCAAAGACUUGGCAGAUGCAACAGAGAUUAUUUCUCCGUUUGUUGAUGGUGUGGAUUUGAAUUGUGGUUGUCCUCAAAGAUGGGCCAUUCAAGAGAGAUAUGGUGCCCACCUCAUCAACCAACCAGAGCUUGUGAAGGACAUGGUGAGGCAAACCAAGUCUAGAGUCACAGGUAUCCCUGUUUCCAUCAAAAUAAGGAUCCAUCAAGAUAAAAGGAAAACUGUAGAUCUUUGCAAGCGAGCCGAGCAUGCAGGCGCCUCUUGGAUAACUAUCCAUGGGCACACAUCAAAACAGAGGACAGAGCCACCAAGUAUGGAAACCAUUAAGCUGGUCAAAGAAAAUCUCUCUAUCCCAGUGGUUGCUAAUGGUGACAUCAGAUGUACUGAUGAUGUCCUAAAGGUGUGCGAGGCAACAGGAGCAAAUGGUGUGAUGGCUGCUAGGGGCAUACUCAGCAACCCUGCAAUGUAUGCUGGGUAUAGUGUUACUCCUGUGGAGUGCAUCAAGGACUGGAUUGAUAUUUCGCUGAGUCUUGGAACUUCAUUCACAAUAUUUCACCAUCAUCUCUUGUACAUGAUGGAGAAAAUCACUACAAAAGCAGAAAAAAGAGUUUUUAACAGCUUGAAGAGCACAAGUGGGGUGUUGGACUAUUUAAGAGAAAACUAUGGAAUUAGAUAAAUCCACUUUAGUGUAUUUUUGUAAAUAUAUUCCAUAAUAAAGACAUUACAAUUAAA